AUGGCGGCGAAGCUCGUCCUCCGCGUCGUCGACGUCGUCCUCGCGGUGCUCGCGCGUCUCCUCUUCCUCCUCUUCGCGUAUUCGUGCGGGUGGAGCCUUCUCACGAAGGCUGAACUCGACGCCGCGCGAUGGAGCGCGGACGACUCGAGGCCGCCAAUCGAAGACGCGAGCGCGCUCUUCCUUCACGAUCUCGACGAUCUCGACGAUCUCGACGACGACGACGACGCGAAGAAGAAGAGGAAGAGGGAGAAGGCCGACGCCGAGCUCGAGGACCGCGUCGCCGCGAUGCUCCGCGCGCGCGGGUCAUCGUCCACGCCGCACCUCGACGGCGUCACGCUCGACGACCACCUGUCGCACGUCGCGUCGAUCCUGAAGCGAUGGCGCGCGCCGCGCUCGAUCGUCGUCGCGGGGCUCGCGCACACCGCGUUCGGGAGCGAGUUCCUCCCGGUGCGCGCGAUGCCGUUCGCGUCGCGGCGCGUCGCGGAGGAGACGUGCGGGGCGUGGGCGGAGCGCAUGAUGUUCUUGUACGGCACGGCGUCGCAGAGCAAGCUGUACCGCGCGGUGAUGCGCGAGAGGGAGGACGAGGAGGAGGAGGAGGACGACGACGCGAGGAAGAAUUCGCCGCAUCAUCACCGCUUCGAGGUGACCAACGUGUACACGAACGAGACGAUGCCGCUGACGCACGCGGAGGCGGGGUUCCUCCUCAUGAUGCACGCCGCGGACGUCGCGUCGACGAUCUUCGCGUCGAAGAAGAACUUGCGGAUCAAGACGCACCCGACCGCGCGGACGUAUUACCGCGGCGCGUUCGCGAUACACGCGCUGCGACGCGCGGCGCGACGACUCGCCGCGGCGGAGGCGUCCGAGGAGGGCCCGUUCGUGGGCAGGAAGGAAAAGGUCGACGCGUACGCCGCGCUCGCGGCGGCGUGCGAGACGGACGCGGUGCGAGAGAUCGUCGACGCGUCCAUGCCGCGGCUGCAGGAGCCCACGCUGGAGAGGAGGACGAGGCGAUUGCGCGGCGCGUGGACCGACGCGUGGUGCGCGUUUCGAUGCGUCGGGGUGAUCGACAUGGAGACGUGGCUGCCGUGGGGGGACCCAUUCGCGUAGGCAGUCGUCAGUGGAGGUGCCCAGCAUAAACCUUUUAACCCUCCUACAUGUAUCCCUAACCCUAAUAAACCCCAACCCUAGUACCCC